CGGAGCGGAAUGGCGGUUUAUGGCUUCGAGCAGUUCGCUGGUUAAUAACUAAAACGUAAAAUUGAGCACCAGUAAAGUUAGCUAGCUAACUAACUCUCUGUACCAAGUGGUAAUACAGAGGACUUUGAAACAUUUGAGUAAGUGACAUUGCGAUGAACAGUAGCGGCCCCGCCUAUCCGCUUGCCUCCCUGUACGUGGGGGACCUGCACCCCGACGUGACGGAGGCUAUGCUAUACCAGAAGUUCUCCCCCGCCGGUCCCAUCAUGUCCAUCCGCGUUUGCCGUGACAUCAUCACCCGGAGGUCGCUGGGAUACGCCUACAUCAACUUCCAGCAGCCGGCCGACGCGGAAUGUGCCUUGGACACAAUGAACUAUGAGGUCAUCAAGGGUCGGCCGAUCAGGAUUAUGUGGUCCCAGCGCGACCCCGGUCUGAGGAAGUCGGGAGUCGGGAACAUCUUCAUAAAGAACAUGGACGAGUCCAUCGAUAACAAGGCUCUAUACGACACCUUUUCCGCCUUCGGCAAUAUCCUGUCCUGCAAGGUGGUGUGUGAUGAAAACGGCUCCAAAGGCUAUGGGUUUGUUCACUUCGAGACCCAGGAAGCAGCCAACCGAGCUAUAGACACCAUGAACGGCAUGUUGCUCAAUGACCGCAAAGUUUUCGUCGGCCACUUCAAGUCUCGGAAGGAGCGCGAGGCGGAGUUUGGGGCCAAGGCCAUGGAGUUCACCAACGUCUACAUCAAGAACUUCGGAGAGGACUUUGACGACGAGAAGCUGAAGGAGAUGUUCUCUGAAUAUGGAAGGACCCUCAGUGUGCGUGUUAUGAUGGAUGAGCGGGGCCGGUCCCGUGGAUUUGGCUUUGUGAACUAUGAGAACCACGAGGACGCACAGAGGGCGGUGGAGCAGAUGAACGGUAAAGAGCUGAACGGGAGGAUCAUCUACGUGGGCCGCGCCCAGAAGAGGCUGGAGAGGCAGGGCGAGUUGAAGCGCAAGUUUGAGCAGAUCAAGCAGGAGAGGAUCCACCGGUACCAGGGGGUUAAUCUGUACGUGAAGAACCUGGACGAUGGUAUCGAUGACGAGAGACUGAGGAGAGAGUUUGCUCCUUACGGCACCAUCACCAGCGCCAAGGUGAUGACGGACGGUGGCCACAGUAAGGGCUUCGGGUUCGUGUGCUUCUCGUCGCCCGAGGAGGCCACCAAGGCGGUGACGGAGAUGAACGGCCGCAUCGUCAGCACCAAGCCGCUGUACGUGGCGCUGGCCCAGCGCAAGGAGGAGCGCAAGGCCAUCCUCACCAACCAGUACAUGCAGCGGCUGGCCAGCGUGCGUGCCAUACCCGGCCCAGUCAUCGGCUCCUACCAGCAGCCCUCCGGAUACUUCAUGUCCACCGUGCCACAGCCUCAGAGUCGGUCCUUCUACCCGCCGAACGCGGUUCCCCAGAUCCGCCCUGCCCCUCGCUGGGCUCCCCAGCCUCCCAGAGCUCAGGGGCCGUACUCGGCCCAGAUGGUGAGGUCGGCCGUGCCUCGUCGGGCCUCUACUCCAAUCAGCAGCGUCCGCCAGGCGUCCACCCAGGCGCCCCACGUCCUGAACCACACGCAGAAGAUGGGUGAGCUCUCCAACAUCGGCACGCAGACGGCCGGCGGGAGAGCCGCCAUGUCCGGGCCUGGGGUCCGCGGGGUCAGCCAGUACAAGUACUCCACCGGGGUCCGGAACCUGCAGCAGGUCAUCACCAUGCCAACCCAGGUCACUGUGCAGCAGGUGGCUGAGCCUGCGGUGUUGGUGCGUGGGCAGGAGCCUCUGACCGCCUCCAUGCUGGCCGCCGCCCCCAUGAUAGAGCAGAAACAGCUGCUGGGUGAGCGGCUGUACCCCCUGAUCCAGACCCUGCACCCCUCUCUGGCCGGGAAGAUCACCGGCAUGCUGCUGGAGAUCGACAACUCUGAGCUGCUGCACAUGCUGGAGUCACCCGAGUCCCUGCACUCCAAGGUGGAGGAGGCAGUGGCGGUGUUGCAGGCCCACCAGGCGAAAGAACUCUCCCCGAAGAACUGAAGCGUUGAAGCGCCCCUUCAGGAAACUGUGAUACUCGGCUUCACUGAGGGAGGAAAAAGGAAACAAAAAAAGAGUAAAAUAUGAAAAUGAAAAAAAAAUGAAAAAAAAACAUUAGUUGUAAACAGGGCUUUGUGAAUGACUGAAUCCUGAGUGAAAAGAUUAUCU